AGGCUGACGAUGCAGCGCUGGAAGGCGGCAGCCCUGGUCUCCAUGAUCUGCAGCUCCGUGCUGUCCGUGUGGCUGUGUCGCGAGGGUCACCUGCUCGGCCACCGGCUGGGGCCCGCGCUGGCCCCGCUGCGCCGCCCGCCGCGCACUCUGGACGCCCGCAUCGCUCGCCUGGCCCAGUCGACGGCCUACGAGGACGAGGUCUCCUUCAUGGACGUGCACAGCCGCUACCACACCGUGCACGAGCUGUCGGCGCGCGAGUGCGCCUGCGUGUGA